AUUACUAAAUCAUGUCCACAUACAUAUUGGCUCUCUGUCUUUGUCUUUAUGUAUAAUUUGUGAAAGCUGUAUCAGAUAAUGUAGAAGUAAUCACUUCUUGUUGGCUUAUCACUUUGUAAGACAAUCAAAAAUUCAAGGUAUUUUUAUCUAUCUAUACAUUUAUUCAGACAUUUGAUCAUGUUGUUGAUUCUGUAUCCAAGCGUUAUUAAUAAAAUGAUAAAGAAAAGAUUGUCCAUGAUAUAAGAGUAUAUAUGAUUAAAAAGUGUUUUGCUACCCUUCCUCUAGCUGAUAGCAAAUAAGUAAGCACAUAUAUUUAACACGCGUUUUUUAGAUAAUCAAAGAUUUUGAAGCAGGAUAAUCUUUCCAUGUUACCUAUAGAGAAGUUGUAAAGGGCUUUGAUUACACUCAUUAUAUCAAAGAUUUAAAAAACAAGGAACUUAUUCCAAACCCACAACUAGAUGAUAUUAUUUCGAGCAUUGUGAAAAGUCUUGAAACAGAAUUUAAUAAGGAUAUCCAAAGUGAAAUCUAAUCCACUGUUCCUCAUCUUGGUGUAUUUGGAAUGAAUUUCAAUUACCUGAUCAUUUUUCCAAUUCUUGGAGGAGUUCUUUUGACUUAUUUUGUAAUUAAUGCAAUUAAAGCAUUAAAAACAACCCCGAAAAAAAAGAAGUGAAUUGUAAU